GCCGACCCGAGGCGGCCUUACCAGCUGCUGGUCGUAUCGACGUGUGCCGUACAACUUCACGUAUUUAACACGAAUGCCCACCUCCAAGCCGCGUGAGCGGUGGGCCGAUGAGGCAUGCUUCGAGGUUAACCGGGAGCGAAUGCACGUGCCGCUCCGGGCGUAUGAGAGCCGAGCCGCUGUGCUCGGCCGCCGCUUGUGCGACGAGCUGCCGGCCGGCCCGUGGUUGCUGGCGCUCACACCCGCCCGCUGGUCCUUCUCGCUCGCAUCAAAGCCAGCGGAUGCUCCAUCGGUGUCGGGUCCGGGCGGCUUUGACGCUGCGGGCUGGGGCGACCUGCAGGUUCCAUGCUCGUGGGAGGUCGCCGGCGUCGGCUCCAAGCCCGUCUACCUCAACGAGCGGUAUCCGUUCAAGCUCGACCCGCCGCGCGUGCCGACGGACGAGCGGAACGAGGUUGGCUCCUACCAGGUCUCGUUCACCCUCCCUGCCCGUUGGAUCGGCCGCCGCUCGUACCUCGUGCUGGACGGGCUCGGCUCGGCGGCGACGGUGUGGAUCGACGGGGCCGAGGUGGGCUACUCGCAAGACUCGCGGCUGCCGGCCGAGUUUGAGGUGACCAAGCUCGUCUCCGCCGAGGGGAUGUCCGCGUCCGAACACGUCCUCUCGGUCCAAGUGGUUCGGUACUCGGACGGCUCGUACCUCGAGGACCAAGACCAGUGGUGGCUGUCGGGCAUCCAGCGGCACUGCUUCCUGUACUCGAAGCCCGCGCGCCUCGCCAUCCGCGACUUUGCCGUCUCGACCACCGUCCCUCCCUCCGGCGCCACUGCCGACUUCUCGCUCGACGUGGCGCUCGCCGGCUCGAUCGUCGACGCCGCCGCCACGGACACAGCCGCCGCCGCGAAGGCCAGAGCCCUGCCCAGAGAGAGCGGGCUCGUGGCGAGAGGGCACGCCCAGGACAUGUCCGCGACACGCUCGACCCUCGAGGCGCCGGCGCUCUGGAGCGCGGAGGAGCCGAACCUGUACUCGCUCGUCGUCGAGCUGGUCGCCCCCGGCUCGGGCGGCGAGGACGUGCUCGACGUCGAGACGUGCCUCGUCGGCCUGCGCAGCGUGUCGAUCGAGGGCGGCCCCGCCGCGCGCGGGCUGCUGCGGGUCAACGGCGCCCCGCUCACCAUCAAGGGCGUGAACCGGCACGAGCACACCGCCGAGGGCGGCAAGGCCGUGUCGUGGGAGUCGAUGCUCCUCGACGCCACGAUGCUCAAGGCGUACAACUUCAACGCCGUCCGGACGGCGCACUACCCAAACACCGACGCUUGGUACGAGAUCUGCGCCGCCGUCGGCUUGUACGUGGUGGACGAGGCCAACCUCGAGACGCACGGCUUCUCCUCGUGGGGCGACGAGGGCUACCUCUCCAAGCAGCCCUCGUGGCGGCACGCCUACCUCUCGCGGAUGACGCGGAUGGUGCGGCGCGACAAGAACUCGCCGUGCGUGAUCGUCUGGUCGCUCGGCAACGAGUCCGGCUACGGCCCAAACCACGACGCGAUGGCUGCGUGGUGCCGCACGCACGACCCGAGCCGGCCGGUCCAGUACGAGUCGUGCGGCGGCGGCGACGCGACCGACAUCAUCUGCCCGAUGUACCCCGACAAGAAGCACGUCGAGAAGGUGGGGAGCUCGGCCGCCGGCCAAAACGCGAAGUGGAUGUUCGCCCCGACGCGCCGCUUCCCGCUUGGCACGCGUGAGCAGCCUCGGCCGCUCAUCCCUUGCGAGUUUGCGCACGCGAUGGGGAACUCGACGGGCAACUACGCCGACUGGUGGGAGCUCUUCGCCUCGCUCCCCUACGCGCAGGGCGGCUUCAUCUGGGACUGGGCGGACCAGGGGCUGCACCAGACGGACCCGAAGACGGGCAAGCACUUUUGGGCCUACGGCGGCGACUUCGAGUGCAAGCAGCACGACGCGCAGUUCUGCAUCAACGGGCUCGUCUUCCCCGACCGCACGCCUCACCCGGCGCUGCACGAGGUCAAGCACGUGCACCGGCCGGUCGACGUGGCGCUGCUCUCCGCCGAGCCGGCCGCCGAGCCGGCCGCGGGGAAGCGGCGCUCCGCGUUCCGCGUGCGGAUCAGCUCGCGGUACGACCACCUCCCCAGCCUCGCCCACCUCUCGCUGCGGUGCGGCCUCGAGGUCGGCGGCGUCGAGGUCGGAGAGGCGGCGCCGCUCGAGUCGGGCGGCGGCGGCUGGCGGGCCGUCGGCGCGCGCGACUCGUGUGAGGUAGACCUCGAGGUCGUCUGGGACCCCGCCCUCGCGCCGUACCGCCCGUCGGAGGUCUACCUCGCCCUCUGCUUCACGCUCUCCGAGGAGUCGGCCUGGGCCGCCGCCGGCCACGAGGUCGCCGCCGUCCAGCUGCACAUCGACGCCGCCGCGCUCGGCGAGCAGCUCGCCUCGCAGGCGCCGCCCGCCCGCGCCGCCGCCGCGCUGGAGUCGCC